UUUAAGACGUAAACUUUUUCUUCGUGAUUCUUCAAAGUGAUCGUGUUUUCGAAAACUUAAAGAUCACAAAUAUCAUCGUUAAAAAAGCAUCAUUAGAAGAUCCUUUCACUUGCUGAUAUACUCAUGUCAUAGGACGCAUUUUUCAAUGUUUAUGCAGCAUUUAAAUAAAUGAAUUUUAAAAUUCUGUCAUUAUGCAGGCAAUCUGCUGAAAUAUGUCUAUAUGGUGUUAUUCGCCAUGAGCCAAGUAGAAGUACGUGUGACUGAAGGGAAAUUAAUCGGUAUCGCCGAGGAAAGUGUCCAUAGCGAACAUUACAUUGCCUUUCGUGGGAUACCGUAUGCUAAACCUCCAGUGGGUAAUCUCAGAUUUCAAGAUCCGGUACCACCGGAACCAUGGUCUGGCGACAGAGAUGCUUCGAAGGACAGAAACAUCGCUGUUCAGGUGAAUAUUUUCACGAACAAAGUCAUGGGCGACGAAGAUUGUCUCUAUUUGAAUGUGUACACCACGGACAUAGCGCCUUUAAAGAAACGCGCUGUGAUGGUAUGGAUACAUGGUGGUGGCUUUUUUAUGGGAUCUGGCGACGCGUCUUUCUACGGUCCCGAUCAUAUCGUUCGGAAGGAUGUGGUACUCGUUACCCUGAAUUAUAGAUUAGGUGUUUUAGGUUUUCUCAAUUUAUAUAAUAAACUGGCGACGGGAAAUCAGGCCUUAAAAGACGUAGUUAUGGCGUUAAGAUGGACUCAAAAAAAUAUAUCGCAAUUUGGUGGAGAUCCCGAUAACGUCACAAUUUUUGGUGAAAGUGCGGGUGCAGCGAUUGUUCACUAUCUGACUAUUUCGCCAUUAGCUAAAGGUUUAUUUCAUAAAGCAAUAUGUCAAAGUGGCGCCGUGAAUAAUACUUGGGCUUUCACUGAACGAGACACUUCCAUCAAUAAGGGUCUGCAGUUAGCCGAGAAACUUGGUAAAGCGACUUCAGAUACAGAAGUCGCCUGCAAAUUUUUAAAAGAGAUAGACGCAGGAAAAUUGAGAGAAGCAGAAGUGCAGCUCUUUUUGACAAAAGCAGCUCGCUUAAAUCUUUCGAUUUCAUUUACACCUACUGUAGAUUCCGAGUCAUCGAAUCCUUUUUUACCAGUAGAACCAUCACAAUUAUUACGCAAUGGAAUUAAAAUGCCACUUAUAUUCGGAUACACUAGCCACGAAGGCACUUUUUUCAUAAGAGGCAAAUUUUUUGGUUAUAUAAAUCAAGAGACUCUAAAGGAAGUUGAUUUUGAUUUCAAGAAAAUCAUACAUCCUAGAAUUUUGUCUCAAUUACCACAAAUAUCGAUAUCGGAAUUACGAUCGUUAUAUUUUGGUAAUAAAGCGGUGUCAGAGGAAACUAUAAUGAAUUAUUCUGAUUUUAUCGGCGAUCAGCAUUUCUAUGGAGGCAUUAUAGAAGCAAUUAAUAUUCAAAUGAGUUCUGGUGUUAACGAGCCGAUCUACUUGUACAAUUUUUCAUAUGAAAGUGAAACUUCUCCUAUGAAAAACAUACUUGAUAUUCAACUUCCAGGCACAGCUCACAUCGAGGAACUGGGUUACUUAUUUUAUCCUUAUAUGACAAAAGAUUUAGGUUUGUCACCAGCUGCACCAGAGUCGCAAGAUUAUAGAAUAAUAAAUUACAUAACGCAGCUGUGGACAGAUUUUGCUAAAACGGGAAAUCCAACACCAACUUCAGCUGAUUGUAAAUGGACACCAGUGAAAAAUGGUAAUGCGUAUGAUGGUUUAAAUAUUACUAUUAAACCUCGAAUGGAGACGCUUACUAAAGAUAAACCAAAAUGGGAUUGGAAGAUUAAAUAUAAAUUAUGAUCGUACUGGCAAAUAUUAUUUAUUCAAUCACAA